UGAAUGUAUUUAUUAGGUUCUUACAAUAAACAAAAGAUCAAAUUUAAUAUAUGAUUUAAAAUGUCAGGUAUGUGUCAUUUAUGGAUGAUCCCAGAUGAAACACCAGAAGUAGUAAAAGAAGUGGAGGUACAGACAUCUGAGGAUCCUAUGGAGAUGGCAAUGAAGGCACUAAUUCUGUCCAAGGAGAACUUGCCGAUGGCAAUCUCAAUUGAUGAAAACCUCAGCUUAUUCAUUGAGGAGAGAACCCAGGGCCAAAGAUGUUGUCCAAUAUGGAGAGAGCUGCACAAAGGGAGAAUAACCAGUUCUCUCUUUGGUGCAGUUCUCGGCUCUGGUGCUAACCCUAACUCCCUGGUAGACCAGAUAAUUAAAGGAUCUGGUCUAGACAGAUACCAGUCACUGCCCAAAGCAAUACAGUGGGGCAUAGACCAUGAAAAGGAAGCCCUCCAGGACUAUCUCUGCCUCCAGAAUUGCGUUACUAAUCUAACAGUGGAACCAUCAGGACUUACCAUAUAUCCAUCUCAUGCAUUUUUAGGUGCCUCUAGUGAUGGAUGGAUAUAUGAUAAGUCCAUGCCAGUGGGUAACCAGAAAGGGGUGCUGGAAAUUAAAUGUCCUUAUUCUAUUUCCAAUGAAGUCAUCACAGACAGACAGGUGCAUGAACUUGCUGGACAAGGUGGUUUCUGUCUGGAGAUGACUGAUGAGGGCCCUCGCUUGAAAAGAUCCCACAAAUACUAUGCCCAGAUUCAGGGAGAGAUGGCCAUCAUGGGUUGCUCAUGGGGAGAUUUUGUGGUUUGGACAGCUGCCUCUCAGAGCAAUUGCUUUAUCGAGAGAGUUUAUUUCGAUGUUACCUUUGUAACUUCAAUGAUGCCCAAACUUGUAGAAUUUUUUGUUAGUUAUAUUUCACCUUCUUAUACUAAAUAG